CACUGUCGUGUGCAGUGUGUUGCCGGCAGCUGCUCCCUUCGCCCGCGGUCAUGAAACUUUCAUACCGCAGCACGCCGCGCCGAAAACGCACUCCAUUGUUCCUCAGUCGUGGCACCGAACCGCGGCCAGCCGCGUCGAGCAACUCGUGUUCACCACCUCGAGGACAUAAUCGCGGACGUGCGACGAUUCGUCGACAGUGGGGACUAUAGUGCGAACCAGUUUCGAAGGGGACCGCGAGUCCGCGUCGGCUCCUGGACUCUGGCCGAUUCCAGGCGCACGCCGCCGGCCGUCCGGCACCCGAAAGUGGCCUCAGACGGCCACCGGAGCAGUCGCUGCUAGUUUCGAGACCAGUCGCUGAUAUUGACAGCCUCGAGAUUCAAUCUCUCUGGACCUUUGCGGACAAAAUAAAACAGCGAAGAUCGACCUGCCGCCUCGGCAGGCGACCUCAUCCCUCAACCUAGCAUCCGGCACCUUGGGACCGGGAAGGGUGGCUUGAAAAGUUCAAAGAUCAACUCGUCCGCGGAAAAAUUCCGGAGACUCGGAGGAUAGAGCCGGAUAGAGGAAGAAGUUGGAGGAACGAUCUGGUGUGUUCGGUUCGCGUGGAAAUAAAAUGUUCGUGGUUAGGGUAGCCGCGUAAUUCCUCCAGGUGUCCGCAAGCGGCCCCCCCUCAGCCAAGGUACGGAAUCAAUAAUGCCCUAUCGUCAUGGAAAGUGCGUGAGGAAGGGUGUCCGACAGCCGUGCAGACCCCCCUGCGUCCCGUCCAGCCCGAAGAAGAGACGUUAAGGAGUCGGCGGCGAUCAAUCGCGUCGCGGAGGAACACGGUCCCUACCGUCCUGCAGGAUCCCGGUGCCAUUAACGUGAAAUGCAGCCGGCGAUAAUCGUAAACAGAGGCCGGGGAGCGUGUCCCGGGAUAGUUGUUGCCCCCGGAGUGGUGGUUACCACGCGAUUUGAUGGAUCCGAUCGGAAUUAAUCCCGGAGAUCACGCUCUCCAGGCCGCCGAUCGCCAUUAGUGACCGCGUGGCCCGCCGCCAUUUUCUCGGGACCUCGGACGGAUCCUCGGUCCCCCAAGGGCCACCAAGAGGGACAUGGUGACCCGCGAUUGAGGGGUUUUACAGGGUCCGUUGGAGACGUCUCGGCUGGUUCGCAAUGAUGGUGCGCGUCACUUCCGGGAUCGAGUGAGAGGAACUCGAGCGGAAACAGGACUCGACCCCUCUACGCCCUUCGCCGAGGAUAUCGAUUAAACACCGAGCGACCACGCUGCCUUUCCGAGCUACCCGGUGAUCGCCUCGCUCGGUGUUCCAGAUGUUUUAUUGAUGCCCGAUCGAUUUUCAGCCUCACAAUGACUAAGCUGGCUAGGUUCGUGCUCUCUGUGAACCUGCUCUGGGCGAUCUUCGCGCUCGAGGACCAGACCGUGUGCCCGAGGAACCGCAGCCUCUUCGACGUCCCUGGCGACGCUGUUCUGUCAUUAUUCUUGGACAUAAAUCAUGGGCCUUAUUGCAACAUCACUUCAGCGAAAGGUCUCGAAGAGGUCUCCACAGCGUUCUACGUGGCCCAUGCUCUGAACAAGUACGAAUUCGUACCUGGCUUUCCGAUAGGCUUGAAGGUGUACGACACCUGCCACGACGAAAUGACAGUGUACAAACAAGCGCUGCAAGCGGCAGUGGACACCGACUGCGUGGACAAUUACGAUCUAGGGAUCCUAUUGCCGUCGGACUAUGCCACGAUCCUCGAGCCGCUUCGUAAUUACAGCGUGCUCCCGGUCAGCACGUACAAAGAGCAGAACCUGACGAGGCCCUUGAUCAACCUGAUGGUGCACUACUUGACCACCAGGUUCGAAAUGAUCGAUCUCCUACUGGUCGGCACGGAUUAUCCGCUGAAUCUGUUCCUGGACGUCACAAAGGAGGCUGGGAUCUGCGUGAAAAAUUACGCGAGCACCGUCGAGCUCGAUGACAACGACACGGAGGCUGUGAUCGCUGUCAUUGGCACCAGGAACGAGAUUCGGCAGUGGAUCGAGAGGGGGGAGAAGGUCCAGGGACCUAAGAAGACUUGGAUCGUUCUGCCGAUCGACGGAUCCAACGUCGAAGAGCUAAUUCCCCCAGGAUCGUACGUGAUAAGGACGCCGCCGUUCGAUCUGAAUCUACUGCACGAAGCGUCCUCGACGGACGAUUUCGUCGAGGCGGCCAGCGAAUCGGUGAUUCACUCGUCCCGUCUCCUGGGCGUCGGGAAAGGGAUGGUCGAGUUGGCCCAGGCUUUCCAGGAGCUUCAGAAACGAAACUGUCCCCGAGGAGUGGAAACGGCCUGCGUGAUGCCUCGCUUCAAUCCCAAUUCGGGCCAAGAGAUUCGCAACGGCGAGGUGUACCAUGCUCUGCGGAUAUUGCCGAAAUUGCACUCGAUUAAGUACAUCGUCGCGAUGAAGAGCCAGCAAGAGCUGAUCGACAUGGCCGCCUACAGGGUGGAGCCGUCGAAUAUGAAAUUCCGGAUCACUCCAGAGUCGAGAGUGCCCAAGAUGCCGAAGCUUUGCUUGAAAAAGUACGCGAAGAACUGCGAGGAUUGCUUGAACUUCAAGAAGAGGUUCGGCCACCGCGGUGUGACUAGAGAUGCACUCGAGAUGGGUUUAUUGAAGCCAGGCAACUGGAUCCCAAUCUUCCUGACGGUGGUGGUGUGCGGCGCGUUCGCCUGCAGCGUGAUUGCCGUCUUCAUUAUCUACCGUUUCAUAGUCGAGGACGUUCUCGACGGGAAUCCCACGCUAACGAUCGUGCUGAUACUGGCGAACGUUUUCACGUUGCUGACGGCGAUACCGUUCAGCAUGAACGACGACUACAUAGGCGGCGAGGCCCUCAACUCGAGGAAGAUCCUCGUGACCACGCUCGCGUUCGGCAUCGAUUUCUCGCUGAUGCUAUCCAGAGCCUUCUUCUUGGUGUUCUCCAAGGGCGGCGUGUUUACCGCGCACAUCAAUGGCUAUCUUCAGACUUUGAUGGUGUUCUUCAUGUUCGGCGUGCAAGUCGCGAUGUCGGUCAUGUUUUUCAUCCUGGGUCCGGCGAACUCGGCUAUUAUCAUGAGGAGCUUGAUUUUCAUCGGUCUUUUAGGAUACGACAUAUUCCUGCUGAUGAUGUUCUUCGUGGUGUGCUUCUUCAUCGCCCGGUUGCCACGCAAUUACCGCGAGGGAAAGUGUUUCUUCGGAACCUCUAUCGGUCUACUGAUCACCUGGGCGAUCUGGCUCACCUGUUUCAUCCUGGUGGAGCCGGAAUGCAGGGACACGGUGGUCGCCUCCGGCAUCAUCGCCACUGCUUACCUGAUCAUCGCCGGUGUUCUGAUACCCAGGACUUACUACAUGGUCACCCAUCUGGCUAGGGGCAGGGAGUUUGGCCAGCGAUUCGGGUCGACCGACCUCGCUAACGAUCCAAGGAUAAACACUGUCACCAGACAGUCCCGACCGUUUUACGAUUACGUGCACGCCGGGGGAGGAAGUAUGACGAAUUUGAACGUCACGUCCGCGUACCCCAACUACUAUGGCAACUCUAGUCCGAACCAGAAGUACCUGAACCAGUACAGAAGCUCCGAUUCAAGACGGAUUCCAGCGUACAAUAACUACGGAUUCAACACGGAGAUGCGAGAAGUGAAUAACUCUUACACGAUACCGCAAGUCUGCAUCGAGGAUGGGGACUCUAGGACCAGCCCGGUGGAGAGAAGCAACGUGAAUUCGGCGUACGCCCGUCCAAGAUGCCACCGGAAACGGAGGACCAAAGACAACAAAGACAACAAAGAGUGCAUCGAGACGGACGUGCACGUCGAAAGCAUCGCCGCAACCAGCCGCCGCGAUCAUGACGACGAGACCUAUCCGAUUAGACCAUCUAGUCCGAAAUCGACGCAAGUGGAGGCGACGAUACGCGAGGAGGACGAAGAGGACGAGCCGACCAGGAUAACGCGGUUCUGAGACUUUGAUCCGCCGGUGUUCACAUUGUAGUCACGCGCCGCAUAGAGAACUCUGUUCCCGAUUAAAUAAAUUUUCGUUCGAGAGGUCGAGUUUGUA